AUGGCUAUGAGACAAUUACGAGAAGAAUACGAGAUGAGGGAUUUCGAUAGUAAAAUCCAAGGUACUGGCGACGAAGAACCACCACGGCAGGUCAACCAUACCCGUCGAAGUGCUGAUGUGAGUGAUGUAAUGACGAUGAGAGAAUUACGAGAGGAACACUUUGAUUUGGUCAACGGGUUCUCUCCCGACGCGAAAACCUCGGAAAAAUCGGUAUCGUGGCGGCGCCCUCCGGAUAAUUAUCCGGAGCAGAGAGAGCCGGACGGGCGCAUGGGAUUCUCUUGA